GUUUCCGGUGUUGUGAAUGUGUCUGGGAAAGAUGGCGCUCAGCAUCCGAGGCCGUCCUAUCCGAAGUAUACGGAUGCGAGGUCGAAAUGACAGUGGGGAGGAAAAUGUACCACUCGAUCUCACGAGAGAUCCAUCCGAGAAUAUGCGAGAGAUCCUCCAGAAUGUGGCCAAACAGCAGGGAGUCUCGAACAUGCGCAAACUAGGCCACCUGAACAACUUCAUCAAGCUGCUCUGCAAUGUUGGGCAUUCAGAGGAAAAGUUUGGCUUUACCUAUGAAGAAAUUAUCAUCUGCCUCAGGUUGGCCCUGCUCAAUGAGGCUAAGGAGGUGCGGGCGGCUGGCCUGCGUGCUCUCCGCUAUCUCAUCAGAGACGGCAGUGUACUGCAGAAAGUUCUGCGGCUCCAGGUGGAUUACCUGAUUGCCAGAUGCAUUGACAUCCAGCAGAGUAAUGAGGUAGAACGCACACAAGCUCUCCGACUGGUUAGAAAGAUGAUCACUGUGAACGCCCUGCUCUUCCCAAGCUCAGUCACAAACUCCCUCAUGGCCGUGGGCAACGACGGCCUGCAGGACCGGGAUCGUAUGGUUCGUGCCUGCAUCGCCAUUAUUUGUGAACUUGCACUAGAGAACCCUGAGAUUGUGGCGAAGAGGGGUGGUCUCAGCACCAUCCUGAAGAAUGUAAUUGACUGUCAGCUCAGUCGCAUCAAUGAGGCUCUGAUGACCACCAUCCUGCAUCUGCUCAACCACCCACACACACGGCAAUACGUUCGCUCAGAGGUGGAACUCGAGCAAAUCCUGGCACCUUACACAGACUUUCACUACAGACACAAUGCAGACACAGCAGAGGGUCAACUUAAGGAAGACAGGGAGGCUCGAUUUCUGGCCAGUAAGAUGUCAAUUGUUGCUUCCUUUCGCUCCUGGUCAGGCAUCAUUAACCUCUGCAAAACAGGCAACUCUGGAAUCCAGUCUCUCACUGGUCUGCUGUGUAUACCAAAUAUGGAAGUGAGGCAAGGUCUGCUGGAGGUGAUGUAUGAUAUAUUCAGGCUUCCUGUUCCUGUGGUGACACAAGAUUUUAUAGAAGCUCUUCUCAGUGUGGAUCCCAGUAGGUUUCAGGACAGUUGGAGACUGUCAGAUGGUUUUGUAGCCUCCGAAGCAAAAAUUAUACUUCCCCAUAGAGCACGGUCAAGGCCUGAUUUGAUGGAUAACUAUCUCGCCUUGCUACUUUCUGCCUUCAUCCACAGUGGACUUUUAGAGGGUCUGGUUGAAGUGAUCACCAGCAGUGAUGAUAACAUUUCAGUUUGCGCAACCAUCCUCUUAGGGGAACUCCUGCACAUGGCCAACACCAUUCUCCCUCACUCCCACAGUCACCACCUGCACUGCCUACCCACUCUUAUGAACAUGGCUGCUUCUUUUGAUAUUCCUCAGGAGAAAAGACUACGGGCAAGCGCUGCAGUGAAUUACUUGAAACGAUUUCAUGAGCAGAAGAAACGAGGCCCCAAACCUAACAGUCUUUACUUGGACCACAUUAUUCGCAAAUCACUGGCUGCUAAUUACUGUCGGGACCAGCAUUUCAGAACCCAAAGAGACAUUUUUGUCAUUAAAGACACUGAGGAGGCCCUAAUGAUGAUCCUCAGAGACAGCCAAAUUCUCAAUCAUAAACAGAAUUUGGACUGGAACUGGGUCCUGAUCAUUACCAUACUGAAGUGGCCCAGUGUCAACCUUCGGAACAACAAAGAUGAACAAAUGCACAAGUUUGUGCGAAGGCUGCUGUUCUUCUACAAGCCUAGCAGCAAGCUGUAUGCCAGCCUGGAGCUGGACCAUAGCAAGGCAAAACAGUUAACAGUGGUGGGCUGUCAGUUCAUUGAAUUCCUUCUAGAAUCAGAUGAGGAUGGGCAGGCGUAUCUUGAAGACUUAGUGAAGGACAUUGUGCAGUGGCUAGCAUCGUCCUCUGGGCUCAAACCAGACCGUAGUCUCCAGAGCAAUGGCCUCCUUUCCACCCUCAGCCAGCACUACUUCCUCUUCCUGGGCACUCUUUCAGCCCACCCGCAGGGUGUUAAGAUACUUGAGAAGUGCAGUGUCUUCCAAUGCCUGCUGAACCUGUGCUCCCUGAAGAAUCAGGACCAUCUUCUAAAGCUGAUUGUUUCCACACUGGACUACAGCCGUGAUGGCUUAGCACGAGUCAUUCUCUCAAAGAUCCUCACUGCUGCCACUGACAACUCCAGACUGUACGCCACCAAGCAUCUGCGGGUGCUUCUCCGAGCUAAUGUGGAGUUCUUCAGCAACUGGGGUAUUGAACUGCUGGUGACUCAGCUACACGACUGCAACAAGGCCGUCUCAUUGGAGGCUUUGGACAUACUGGAUGAGGCCUGUGAAGAUGAGGCAAAUCUUCAUGCUCUGAUUCAGAUGAAGCCAGCACUAACUCACCUGGGAGACAAGGGUGUGCUGUUGCUGCUACGGUUCUUGUCCAUUCCAAAGGGAUUCUCCUAUCUAAAUGAGAGGGGAUAUGUCACUAAACAACUCGAAAAGUGGCAGAAGGAGUACAACCUCAAGUAUGUGGACCUCAUAGAGGAACAGUUGAAUGAAGCUCUCACUACUUACCGUAAACCAGUGGAUGGAGAUAACUAUGUGCGACGGAGCAACCAAAGGUUACAAAGGCCAAAUGUUUUUCUUCCUGUGCAUUUGUACGGACAACUUGUACAUGAUAAGACAGGCUGUCAUUUACUGGAAGCUCAGAAUGUGGUUCCUGAUUUGAGCUACACAGUGCGCUGCCCAGUGCUAGACAAAUGGGAGGGCAUCAAACAACUUAAGGCUUCACUUUGGGCCCUGGGAAACAUUGGCACUUCGAACUGGGGACUGAACCUCCUGCAGGAGGAGAAUGUGAUUCCAGACAUUGUCGCACUUGCUCAUGACUGUGAGGUUCUGUCUAUUAGAGGGACGUGUCUUUAUGUUCUGGGACUCAUUUCAAAAACUAAGCAGGGUUGUGAGCUGCUAAAACUGAAUGGCUGGGAUGCAGUUAGGCACAAUCGCAGGCAGCUUUGGCCUGUAGUGCCAGAUGAGGUGGAGCAGCAGCAGAACCUACAGCAGCUGCAGCAGCAACAACAGCAGCAGCAGCAGCCCCUCAUCCAGCUGUCCUCAGCUCCCAGCACCCUCAGCCUGAACUCUGAGUCCACCAACUCUAGACACAACAGCGAGAGUGACUCCACUCAGCCUAGCAUGUACAUCCUGAAUGAUGAUAAGUUGGAAAACUCUGAGCUCUCUGAGGACCAGCCACUGUACUUCAGGCCCAAACUUCUAAAGGACCGCAGCCCAUUUACCAUCCUGGCCUCCAGUCGCUUGGUCCGUAAUCGCUUCCUGAUCUCGCUCUCCGGAAAGAAACUCCGCAGCACCAGUGACCCCAAAAGCACUGGCAGCAGCAGUAACUUCUAUGGCGAGCCCACAUUAGGAGGCAUCAGGAGGGUUCGCACUGUCACUGAGCCCUCUAUAUACUUUCCUGGUCAGGCAGAUGUCUUCAGUCCUGUAUUUACUGAUGGACAUCUGCCAAAAAGCCCAAGUGUAAGUCUGGAGACCUCUUUCGUGGGCAGCAAGACUUCGGACACCCAGGGCAGCACAUCCAGCAUUGGAGAGCCAGAGGUACGUCUACACAGAGCUGUGAAUCAGAGUGGAGAUGCCCACCGAGAGCAUACCAGUCAAGAAAGGUUGGCCGGGGAUGGCACCACUUCUGGGGGCGGGAGUCAAUUUAAAAGCCGCAGCCAAAGUUUCAACACAGACACAACCACCAGCGGCAUCAGCUCCAUGAGUUCCAGUCCAUCUCGAGAGACAAUGGGUGGUGUGGACUCUUCCACCAUUGACACGGACUGCGUUAGCCUCAACACGGUCAUUAGCACUCAAACUAUCAAAACUCUUCACACUUUCACACCCCAGUCCAACCACCUGCCCCUGUCCAAAUCGAACUCUGUGCUCUUGAUGCCCCCUGGCUCCUCUCACACACUGCCCCGAAGGGCUCAGUCCCUUAAAUCCCCAUCUGUCACAACCAUCUCAAGCCUGACAGACUGCAGCUUUAUGUACACAAGCCCACGGGACGCACUGGGCUACGCUACCCUCAAACGGCUGCAACAGCAGCGCAUCCACCCCUCCCUCUCCCAUAGCGAGGCACUUGCCUCUCCAGCCAAAGAUGUUCUCUUCACUGAUGCCAUCACCAUGAAAACUGGGAGCCUGGACUCCAGACUCACGCCACGCAGGUUUCUCAAGGCUCUGAGUUUUGCUUCUUUGGAUAAAGAGGAUCUUCUUAGCCCCAUCAGUCAAACCUCCCUACAGCGCUCUUCUUCAGUGCGUUCCAUGGUGUCCAUUGCCACAUAUGGCAACUCUGAUGACUACAUUGGCAUUGCUCUGCCAAUGGACAUCAACAGCAUGUUCCAGAUUAAAGACAUACCAUACUUCCAGAAAAGAACGAGCCCACCAUCUGAAGACCGAUCUGCAAAGUUCUUCUCUGGAGAUGCUGAUGGUUCCAGUGAAGGCUCCAGGCAUUCUGUUUUAAGGUCUCAGCUGAGUAUUACGGAGCUGAUCGCAGUGAGUCGAACAGACCAGCAGCAGCUGCUGGGCUCAGAGGAGACCGGCCUGCAGGAGCACAGUGAUGAGAACUGCCUUUACUGUGCAGGGUUAUAUGUGCUCGGCUGCAAUUCAAACACCUCCACUCAAAGCCGCCCAGACUUUCCUGAAGCUCCAUACUCAGAAUGGUGCAAUCAGACCAUACACAACCUGGAAGUCAUGCCCCAGUCCAAGUUCUCAGGAGUGUCUGGCUGCAGUGACGCUGUCUCACAGGGCUCUGGUGGCAGCACACGCAGCACUGAGCUAGUUCUUGGGGUGAAAAACAUUCCAGAGGACGCUCCAGCUUGCCGGGUUGUCCUGAGGAAGGAGGUGAUUCGGCUGGUCAUUAACCUUAGCUCCUCAGUUGGGACUAAAGGGAAUGAAACUGGACUACUCACAAUCAAGGAAAAGUUUCCCUAUGCGUUUGAUGACAUCUGUCUGUAUUCUGAAGUUUCAUACUUGCUGGCUCAUUGCAUGUUCAGACUGGCCUCACGACGCUUCAUUCAGGAACUCUUCCAAGACGUUCAGUUCACUCCGAUGUACGAGGAGGCCGAGAGCAUUCUGUCAGUGCCUAAGAAGUCUACCCCUCUAGAUCCUCCAUCAGAUUUGUGAACUUCUAGAUGUUUUUUAGAAUAUUUUCUUCUCAUGAUACACCAAGCUACCAAUCCAUUACCCUGGCCUGGCCGUGCAUUUAAGAUGAUUACGAAAUAAGAGACUAGGGCUAUGGGACUGAUAUGGGUGGAUGAAGAGAGGAAGAGCAGUAUAAGAACAAACUCUUCACAUCUGAACAAAUACACUCUACAUAGAUGCUCUGUAGCCAUCUACAGUGGAUGCUGUAACCAAAUAAUCCUUUUGACUGACAGUUAUGAACUGUAGAGCAUUGAGUGGAAAGUGAAACAUGCAGAUGAUUGGACUUAAUUACAGUGGAAAGUAAAUGAGUCAAUGCAAAUGGUAUUUAAAAUAAUUCAAGACUUUCUAGGAAGUUUAUUAAACUUCUUAGGUCAGUUCUGUUCGGCUGUUAUUGUCCUAUUUAAGGGCCAAUGCAUCUGGUUGCACGUAACAAAAUUUACCCCCGAUGCAGGAUCCUUCAACACUACAACAUUCCGGUUUGUUUCCCUUCCGGAUGGUAUUCUCUGUUAUUAAUUCUGGUUGUUCAAGGAAUAUGAAGAAGUGGCUAUUGCAACAAGAAUGAGAAAGCACUUCGCUUAAGUGCUGAUGUGAUUGCAAUACAAGACAAUCAUCACUAAGUAAUAAUCAUGAGCAACUGCCCAUUUUUAUUUCCUUUUUGUAACUGACACAAAAAGAGGGUCUCUUCUGCUUCUUCGAAUCAAUUCGAAGGGCCUCUUUAAAUGAAACGGUGAAGAAGAAAGAAUUUGUGUGUAAAUCAUCUUUAAAAUAUUCUCAUGUCACGGUUAUUACAAAACGUCAAUUUACGCAACAAUGGUUUUACAAAUGAUUUGCACAGAAAUGCAGUCUGUUCAUGUUUCAUAAAUGAGGCCCAUACUGUACAUUUAAAGAUGCCAAUACCCAACUAAAUGUAUUCAAAUGUACUUAGAGGUGUAAAUACACAAUCGUACAAUAUAGCUAGCUAUUAAAUGACCUCUCAGUAAUCAUCCAAAACAAUUCUCACAUUUAAACCAAUAGUAGACAAGGUAUUUAUUUAUUUAUUUACUUAUUUAUUGUUUGGUCCAAGGAGCUCCUAGAUCCCUUUUACUUAAUUUCCAGCUCAUUAGCCAGGGUUAAACUGGCGGUACAUUAUUUAUGUCUGAGAGUCAAUGUACAGUACAUUGUCAACUUUAAAGUUCAUGACAGUAGACAAUGGUCUAAGGCUUCUAAAAAGGAAAUUUAAAUGGAUUUCAUCACUGCUAUUCAGCAGUUUUACUUUGCUCUGUUUCAGGUAUUAGUAAUGCCUAAUCAAAUGGAUUGUAACUAACCAAGUUAUCCAUACUGUAGGAAUAAUGCUUUCAGAGUCUACUCUUUAACAUUAGAGAAGCAUUAAUAAAACCUAUGAACCAGACUCACCCAACAUAUUUCACAAUGUUUAUAUUAUGCUUUUAAAUGUAAUUGAUCAGUCAAUGAUAAGUCAUUAAUGGUCAGUCUUGUUUAUACUUCUGAAUGUGGUUGGUGGAUUUUGGGCUGGAAAAUCAAGAAAAAUUAAGGUUAAACUGACAAGCUAUAGCUAAUUAUCAAGAUAUGUUAGUGAUCAUUUGUUCUACAAUGACUGAUCCGCAAACUGUUGAUUAAAAUGAAAUGUUCUGCUUAUAAAUUUGACUUGCAAGCAGUCAACAAUUAACUACUAAGGUAUAUCAUGUUCAAUAUUUACAGGGGCAAUUGUCAGUAUUGCACAUAGCCAUUCUGGGCUGUGUUUCCUAAAAGCAUCGUAAGCCUAAGUAGAUCGUAGAAACUAUUGGCGCUAAUGGUCUCUACGAUCUACUUAGGCUUACGAUGCUUUUGGGAAACGCAGCCCUGGUCUGAUGAGGUCUCAAAAUAUCUUUUCAAUCUAGUUUGUUAAAAUUGCAUAAAAACAUUUGUUACUAUGAAUUUGAUGUUAAUAUCUGAAUUAUCUCUAUGCAAUAUGCCUGUUUAUUCUAUAAACAUCAUUUAUGACCAGUUUGUUUUCUUGUUGGCUGGACCAUUUAAUUAGGCUAUUUAGGAAGCUUUCAUUAUUUUGCCUUAUUUGUAUUAGCUUUAAUCCUAUUAGAAUUAAUGAAAUUGUCCAUUUUUUUUUUUUUUUUUUUCUUUUUAUUUAUUAUAGAAACUAAUAAAUCUGCAUUUGCCUGCCUUGGCUUUUGAAUUAAGCAUCAGUUUUAAGCCUACAUUACCUUUGUAUUGUGAAAGACUAACUCAUGAGUCUGAUAUGGCCAGCAAUAAUAAUAAUAAUAAUAAUAGUAGUUUUUGUUGUAGUAAUUCUUAACGGCUUCUGGCACAACUUUAAAGUGCCUGUUUGUUCUUACCCCUCAUCUACAAAACAGUGGGUCAAAAUAGAAGGUUUUGAGAAGAUGUGAGCUGUCCAAAAGAUACAGAUUAAGUAUGGAGAUGUUCUAGGGGCAUAUAUGUUGCUGCUUAAGUUAAAGAGUAAGUUUUGUAUUAGGCUAUACUAGCUGGUGAAAUAAUUUCGACAUUAAGCCAAUUAUAAAAGAUUAUUUUGUAACUAAAAUAUGUUUUCUGGAACCUCCCUCUAAUAUUUUCUAAAGUAUUCUUAGAUAAACAAUUUAAGCAGGAAAAACAUGCUUCUUAAAGCUCUCAAGUCAUUAGUGUCACAGAGUGUGUAGUGAAAUAUUUCCAGAAUGCAACUUGUUUCUUUAAGAGGCUUUCCCCCCAUUGUUAAAUUAUGUUAUGUUCUUGCUUCCUUUUUUAGCCCACUGGGGGUUGACCUACAGCCAUUGUUGCAUUGUUUCUAAAAUAAAUUUCAUUUGUAAUGCUGGUAAUAAAUGUGCUGGUGUUUAAAAACCUUAAAGGAAUAGUUCACCCAAAAAUGAAAAUUCUCUCAUCAUUUACUCACCCUCAUGCCAUCCCAGAUGUGUAUGACUUUCUGUCUUCUGCAGAACACAAACAAAGAUUUUUAGAAGAAUAUCUCAGCUCUGACGGUCCAUACAAUGCAAGUGAAUGGUGACCAGACCUUUCAAGCUCCAAAAAUCACAUAAAGGCAGCAUAAUAGUAGCCCAUAUGACUACAGUGGUUAAAUCUAUGUCUAUUAAAUGUCUAUCUAUGUCUGUAAAUCUAUGAAUUAUUCUGAAAGUGAAAGUGGAGAUUUAUAGUAAAAACAGAUUUAAAUAUUGACCUGUUUUUCACCCAAAGUGAUUGCAUCGCUUCAGAAAACAUAAACAACUGGAGUCAUAUGGAUUACAUUUAUGCUGCUUUUAUGUGAUUUUUGGAGCUUCAAAGUUCUGAGUAAAUGAUGAAAGAAUUUAAAUUUUUGGGUGAACUAUCCCUUUAAACAACAUUAACAAAAGUGGCAAUUAUUACAAAAUACUAAAGAGUUGUAUUUGUGGACCAAGUUCCAAAUAUGGGGGUUGUUAUUGCCAAGACCGUUAAUGCUAAAACAAAUGAAUAUAUUUUAAAUGUACAUUUGUUCAUUGUAAAACUAAAACAAAUUGCACCUUUCAGUGAUUUUCUUUUUCAUUGUUAAGUGCACUCAUGAUUUUGCAGAGCGCUGUAUGAAAUUUCAGCACCAUUUAAUAUUGAAAUUGCAGUUGCAAGAAGUGUUAUUUAUAUUUUUCCCGAAGGGAAAAAGAUGUGAAACUGUUGAACAUACUUCUGAUGUUUUUUUAAUUAUGAGCUUUCUUGUAUAAUUUAAUGUUUUUGGGGGGGAAUUAGCUAUGAGCCUUGAGAAACAAUCUAAUGAAAGUGAUGCAUCCUUAUUAAAAAUAAACCUUAAUUUCCUUGA